AUGUCUAUUGCUAGACCAUCAGGAUCUCCCAAAACUCAGAACCGCUCAGUAGUCAGCUCACGUGGACCCCCUAGUGCUCGCCCUUCUCUUCGCGCCUGUCCAAGCUCUUUGUUGACUGGAAGAGCCUCUAUUAUCCUCAUAAUAAAUAGAAUUCAAGAUAGGAGACAGAGGCUGCAGCGAAUGAAGCCUGUAAAAGGGAAGGCAUGUCGGAGAUUCAGAAAAUCUGCCAAGACGAGGAGGGUGACCCAGAGGAAGCCAUCUUUAGCGCCUGUAUGCCUGCUAUGCCUUCAAGAACCUGGGGAUCCUGAAAAAUUAGGGGAAUUUCUUCAGAAAGACAAUCUCAGCGUGCACUAUUUCUGUCUUAUCUGCUUUGUGUGCAAGAAAAAGGGAGCUGCCAUCAACUGCCAGAAGGAUCAUUGUGUCAGAAACUUCCAUCUUCCUUGUGGCCAAGAAAGGGGUUGCCUUUCACAAUUUUUUGGAGAGUACAAAUCAUUCUGUGAAAAACAUCGCCCAACACAGGACAUCCAACGGGGGAAUGUGGGAGAGGAAAGCUGCGUCUUAUGUUGUGAAGACUUGUCCCAAGCAAGUGUUGAAAACAUCCAGAGUCCAUGCUGUAGUCAAACUCUCUACCACCGAAAGUGCAUACAGAAAUAUGCCCACACAUCGGCAAAGCAUUUCUUCAAAUGUCCACAAUGCAACAAUAGAGAAGAGUUUCCUCAAGAAAUGCUAAGAAUGGGAAUUCACAUUCCAGACAGGAGGUGGAGCCUCGUUCUGUGUGCCACAUGCGGAUCCCGCGGAACCCAUAGGGACUGCUCCUUUCUUAGAUCCAACAGUAAGAAAUGGGAGUGUGAGGAGUGUGCACCUUCACCAGAAGGCUCAGACUACUUACCUGAAAACUCAGGUGGCAUCCCCCGCCGCAGCACCUUCUACUCUGGGGGGGCCUGA